AUGGCACUUCGGCUGUCCCAGCUGGUCCUUCUCCUCCUGGGUCUGGCUUUGGUGGCCGAGUCUUCGUCCGCUGAUGCCUACCGGGGGCCAACCCAUUCCGGUGGCAGUGCGCGUUGGGAUGAAGAUCUGUUCGCCGCUCCGGGGACAUGUAAUGGCCAAAUUGGGGAGUGCAUUGACGAAGAGGAGGAGAUGAUGAUGACGGAGAUCGUCGACGGUCGACGACCACGAAUUCUCUUCAAAACCAACAAGUUCAUUAGCUACGAGGCUUUGAAGAAGAACAAGGUCCCAUGCCCACGUCCCGGCGAUUCCUACUACGACUGUAGGAAAAGUAAGACGGUUAAUCCUUACAGGCGUGGUUGCAGCGUCAUCACAUACUGCCAGAGGAUCAUUAUAUAA